AGAAAAUUCUAUAAAGAUGAACUCUGAUUACCAAGAUGUUGUGAAUCCACCUCAGAAGAAUAGGCUCAAACAGAGAGGUUCUAUCAGAAAUUUUGAAAGCCGAAAUAAGAACUAUUUCAGUAAUAAAAAGUUCUCCAAUAUGUCCAGAGAGGAAAGCCAGGAGAAAAUUGAGUACUAUAAGCAUUUCCUAUCUUCUUUUAAAAAUCGAAAAAAGACUCCAUCCUUAGUACGCAACAAAAAGAUAAUACCAAUGGCUUCUCUAAAGACCACUAUUGCUGGAAAGUUUGGUCCUGCGGUUUGUUCGAACAGGUCAGUUGUACCAACCAAGACUAGUAAAAUCCCCCAAUUUCUUCAUGAAAAUAAUAAAGAAAGAAAAAUUAAAGAUUGAAAAAGUUCUAAUAUCGUAAUCAUAAAUUACAAGAAUUAUGAAUCGGCGUACAAGCCAAAACUGAAGAAUAAGAUAGCCAAUAAAGUUAAAUACUCAACAAACACAGCCUUUGAGGGUCAUGAAGAGGUCCUCCAGCAGCGGGAUGACUUCUGACGAGAAGAAAGUCUGAAAGCCCUAUCUACUCAGGUCAGGCAAAGACAUCCUGAUGAGAAGUUUCCCACCUCUAGAGAUGUAUGUCAAAUUGAAUUUGAGGACUCCUACUGUGCCCCUCUUAAAACAGAGACUGUUGUAAUCAACUCAAGAGAAAUCAAAACUUUAAGGCAAGAUCAGCCUGCUCGGAUUCCUCCUUGGAAGGCAGCCGAGGAUCAAAAACUAUUAAGCCUGUACGAUAAGUAUCCAGAUAACUGGAAGAAGAUAGCUACAUUUCUUCACAGUCGAGAUGGACGAGAGUGAAGAAUGAGAAUCGCCAAAAUAAGUACUCAAGCUAAAGUAAACCAAGGCAGAUGGUCCCUCGAAGAGGUUGAGCAAUUACGAAAAUAUCACCGGGAGUUUGGAAAUAAAUGGGCACAAAUUUCAAAAUAAGAUGAAGACCAGGACAGCUAACCAAAUUAAAGACAAAGUGAAGGAUCUGAACAAAAAUUCUUCUCACAAAGAAAGUUGGAAGCCUAAAAUAAUGUCUAAUUAUCGGACCCAAGAUCAUGCCGAUACUGGGUGUCACGAUAUUGACCCGGUUACUGAUGAUGACUUCACUUCGAAAAUUAACCAAGUUUUUCCUCCUAGAAGAGAUGAAUACAAAGAGGCUCCUAAAAAGCUUGGUAUGAAAAAGGAUCCUUCCUACUUUGAGUUCACUGAUCCCAAUAAUUUUCGUGAAAUGUUUGAAGACUCUCAAAAAGGGGAAAAUACAAACGAUAUUUUUAGAAUUCCGACGGGUUCAGACAAUAACUUCCGUGCAAACAGCAACGAAUUUCUGAGUGUUAGGUCACCAAAGAUUGUCAAAAUGGAUAGUAGGGACCAGUAUGAUGACAUAUUUAAUAAUUCUCUGAGUUCGGCUCAGUAACCCCAUUAUAAGAUCUAGUUUUAUUAAC